CAUACCCCAACUCUCAGAGCAAGCUGUUGUGGGAUCAUGGCAUCAUCCGCAUCCACAAAUGUGAGCAUGAAGCUUCUGAUCGACACAAAGUGCAAGAGAGUUCUGUUCGCCGAAGCCUCCAAGGAAGUGGUGGACUUCCUUUUUAACUUGCUGCAGUUGCCACUCGGUGCAGUGGUGAAGCUUCUAACAGAAAAAUCUAUGGUGGGUGGCAUAGGCAAUCUCUAUAAGAGCGUGGAGGGUCUUGGUGACAGUUUCAUGCAACCAAACCUAUCCAGAGAUGUUCUGCUGAAUCCAGCUUUCCCUUCAUCGUCAACCGCCAUCUCUGGUCUUCUUCUUCCAUCAUCAGCUGCUGCCACGGGAAAGGUACAUGGAAGUAGUGGGUUUGUGAAAGAGGUUGUGACGUACAUGGUGAUGGACGAUUUGGUGAUUCAACCCAUGUCAACCAUUUCAAGUAUUACUCUGCUGAACAAGUUCAAUGUGAAGGAGGUUGGUGCCUUGCAAGAGAAGGUAGUUCAGCUUGGAAUGAACGAGGGCUUAAGGCUACUGAAGGCCUCAUUGCAGUCUAAGAUGGUGUUGACAAGCGUCUUCCUCAAGAAUAUAGACACAUAAAGAGAUAUUCAAGUAGUUUCAUCUAUGAGCCUCGCGGUUUCAAAUCAAAUGUUAAGAAUGCCUCUAUUUUGUGUUUUGUUAAUGUAUGUAUGUAUUUUGAACGAUGCAUCCUAUCCUUAUGAUGAGAUGCUCUGCUCUCUAGUUGACUCAAUAUGUGUAGUCAUAACUCAAAAGUAGCAUUUCCUGUUGACUAUUGGUAUUACUAUUAUUAUUAUGUGGCAUUUAACA